AUGGUCAGAGGAUUGCCUGCAAAGGUCAUUGUGAGAGGGCUGCCUCCUAAAUUAAGUGCUGAUGAUUUCAUCAGAAUUGUUGACCCGCUACCCUCUCACACCUACUUUAGGUUUUGCGGUGCUGAUGACUCAUUGGGUGGUCUGGGGCUGACGCGGGUUUACAUUACAUUCAACGACAUAGAUUCUCUAUUUGAUUUCAAAGAAAGGUUUGAUGGCUACAUUUUUUUGGAUUGCGAGGGAAAUGAGUCCUCUGCACUUGUAGAGUUUGCCGUUUGCCAGGCAUUGGCAAGUGCUAAAGGCUAUUCAGACGAUAAUAAGGGAGGGAAAGUGGACAAAAAACAGGGUUCCUUGUUGAAAGACUCAGCAUAUUUGAAGUUUAUGAACUCGCAAUCUGCUGAAGUUUGUGCCGAAAUAUCAGAAUCAGAGUCUAAAAAAACUCCCUGGGAAUCCAUUUUAGAUGAUCUCCAAAACAAGGAAGCGAACGCUCUUCAGACACAAACUGUCACACCACUGUUAACCUACCUAAAUAACCGUGGUGGAGAUAUUAGACGUAAAGAUGAAGAAUCAUCACGUCACAGGCAGUUUAGACAAGGUAAUGCAUCUGUCAUCAAGAAAACUCCGAAAGUAGACAAAUCUGUACGAAGUCAUCCAUCAGUUAGACGACCUCAUGAAUUAAAACGUAUUUCUUCUGAUCGCAUUUGCGAGGUUUCAAACAAAGAAAACCCUCAACAUGAUAGCACGGAAGAUUUAACGAGAGUUGAUCCAAAAAUGCAAAAGAAUAAGAAUCCAGAAAAGUUGAUCACAUUGGAUGCAAAUGAAUUUCCUGCUAUGCAAAGUUCCUGUCAGCGUCCAAACAGGUCUACAAAUCAGUGUUCGAGUUGGCCAUCAUUUCGGGCAUCAAACAUUUCAGACGCAACUUCAGAAAAACCUAGUGCAUCAGCGUCCAGAAAAUCAGCCAUUAUAGCGGACUCAAAACCAUUUUCGGGGAUUUCGGAUUCUAGUUCAGAAAAUAGGGUUAGAAUAAACCUUUCAGAAUUAGAAGGACACAAAUCAUCAGAAUGUGUGAUAAAACCAACAUCAAAAGAAUCACUACCAAAAUGUCAAAACGAACAAACUUUGAACAGCCAAAGUGAGCCAAAACAUAACGACCAGAGUUCAACUCAAGGCAACGCUUUACGAACUAAAAAGGGGAAUUAUUUCUCUGCCCGUCCAUCUGCUUCUGUCAAUCAAACGCGAAAACAUUCAAUAGUACCAGCCGGAGGAAAACGGGAUUCAGAUGCAAAUAUGCAGAAUUACACUUCAUCCUGUCAGGUUGAUGACCAAGAAAAUGAAUUUAGUCAUGAACGAUACAACAACUUUUCGAAGUCUGGGAUUCGUGGUCGCGAUAACCGACGUGGUACCGUCUCCAGUCAUGAGGUACUUCAUAAUUCGUCUCGCGAUUCCUAUAAGGGAUCUCAACCGAGCUCCAGAGAGACUGUUAACCGUGGUUAUGACUAUCAAGGAGAAGGAGAGUCCGUCAGAAGUGACUAUUAUUCUGAUCAACAAAAUUCAAAUGCUCGGUUUUCUGGUGCUUCUCGAAAUUUGUUUAUCGCCGUCCUGGUAAUUACGCUUCUCGUGGUCGUGGUUCUGGUUACUAAGUGUAUCUUCACAAAUAAUUGA